GUUCAAGAACUAUCGUAUAAAAAACACAAUGAACAGAAAGAAUCGAUCAAGCUUUGGUUGAAAAAUCUUCAGCAACAACGAGGUUACUUUAUCUAUAUUGCUCAAAAUUUAGAACAGAGCUAUACAUUCGGCUUUCCAAUGUUAUAUUAUAUAACAUUGUUGUUAGAUAUUCCAUUACAAGAAGUGGUUGCCCAGUUGCCUUUUUCUUUACUAAUGGUCAUUCAAUGA